AUGACCAUGAAGCUUGACAAAUGGGUUCCACAUGAAUUGACCGAAAGUCAGAAAAAUCGCCAUUUUGAGAUAUCGUCGGCCCAUCUUUUGCGCAAUGAAAACGAUCCAUUUCUCGAACGGAUUGUGACUUGCGAUGAGAAAUGGAUACUUUAUGAUAACAGGCGACGAUCUGCCCACUGGCUGGACCAAAAAGAAGCUCCACGACAUCACCCAAAGCCGAAAACUCACCAAAAGAAGAUUAUGGUUACGGUUUGGUGGUCUGCAGCGGGUAUGAUCCAUUAUACCUUUCUGAACCCGGGUGAAACAAUUACAGCAGAAAAGUACUGCCAGCAAAUCGACAAAAUGCACCAGAAACUGCGAAGUUUAUGCCCGGCAUUGAUCAAUAGAAAAAGAGCAAUCCUACUUCAUGACAACGCUAGACCUCACGUCUCAUUGAUCACUCGGCAAAAGCUGCAUGAGUUGGGCUAUGAAACUCUGGAUCAUCCACCAUACUCGCCAGACCUUUCUCCUACUGACUUUCAUUUUUUCAAGCACUUUGAUAACUUCUUACGGGAGAAACACUUCAGAAACCAUGAUGAUGCGGAAACUGCCUUCGAUGAGUUAAUCCUUUCCAGAACCCCAGACUUUUAUGAUAUUGGCAUUAAGAAGCACGCUUCUCGUUGGCAAAAGUGCCAAAAGUGCGUCAAUUGUAAUGGAGAUUACUUUGAUUAA